UCCGCUUAUCAUUUAUGUUUAUUUUAGUGACUUGAUAAAAAGUAGUCGUUCUAGUCAUUCUUACUUCAACGCUAUUCAAUUAUUAGAAUUCAGCACAUAAGGUUAAAAUGUUAUAGUGUAAAAUGAAUAAUACUGCACUAAUAGUCUUGCUGACUUUAGCGUCUGUCGCUGGAUACAAAAUAAUGGUCCUAGCUCCAGUACCUAUGAGAAGCAUGAAUAUUCUCGGCGUUGGUUAUGUUCGGCAUCUACUAAAUGCUGGUCAUGAGGUCACCUACGUCUCAGUAUUCCCAUUAAGAGAAAAGUCAGAAAACCUAACUCAAGUUGACUUGAGCAACAUGAAUUUAGACAUUUUUGAAGGUACGGCUUACUUGUACAUGAAGACUAGCUGUACCUAUGCUGCCCUCGUUAAAAUUAUUAUUAAAAUUGAUGAUGACGCAGGCAAUAUUAGCUACUUCAUAACACAACCACCAUCUGAAGGUACAAACGUGGAGUACAUGGCUAACAGUGCUAAAGUGGCGGAGGCUACCUUCCAAAAUAAGGAAAUGCAAGCAUUAUUACAUGACCCGACUUUCAAAUUCGAUGUGAUCAUAUGUGAUUAUAUGGAAUCCGAAAUGUAUGCGGCUUAUUUUUUUACAGGUUUGACUGGUCCAAGAGAAAAAUAUUUUUACGAAAAUUUCUUUGCACCCUUAUUUUUGAAGAAAAACAAGGCAUUACCAAAUUACUACGAACUCAUGUAUAAUGCAUCCUUAGUGUUAGCAAAUGAUUUUCCAGGAAACGGUCUGAUACCAAGCACUCCUCAAAAUUUCAAGUUUAUUGGGGGAUAUCAUAUUGAAUCUGCUACAAAACCACUUUCAACGUCGAAGUACCGUAUAGUUUUAUUUUUGUUUGAUGAAAUGAAACCUCAUGAAGCAUUUCUCAUUUUACUGAACAAGGUAUAUAAUCUACUAUUUUAUAUACCUGUCCUUUUUCCAGCUCAUCCAAAAUGCCUGUUUUUCAUAUCACAUGGUGGUCUAUUGUCCACGACUGAAUCCGCCCAUUUCGGAGUACCCACCAUUGGAAUACCAAUUUACUUUGACCAGUUCAUCAAUGUUCAAAGAGGGGUACAAUCCGGACGUACAAUCAGGGUCGACUUGACUCUAAAUUUAGUCAAUGAUCUACGGGUGGCUAUACAGAAAAUGAUUCAAGAUCCCAGUUACAAGCAGCGGGCAAAAGAAGUAUCCCAGAUGUACCAUGACCGGCCGGUGUCGCCGGGCGCGGAGCUGGUGCACUGGGUGGAGCACGUGGUGCGCACGCGCGACGCGCCGCAUCUGCGCUCCCCCGCGCUCAUGCUGCCCUGGUACCAAAAGAUGUUCCUCGACGUUAUAUUAAAAAGCAAGCAGCCAUGA